AUGAAGCUGCUGAUUCUGACCGCCAUCCUGGGGCUCUGCGCUGCCCAGCACAACCCCCAGACCAAGCAUGGCCGCACCGCCAUCGUCCACCUGUUUGAGUGGCGCUGGGCCGACAUCGCCGCAGAGUGUGAGCGCUACCUGGGGCCAAACGGCUUUGGAGGAGUUCAGAUCUCUCCUCCCCAUGAGAGCAUCGUGGUGAACAGCCCCUGGAGGCCGUGGUGGGAGCGCUACCAGCCCAUCAGCUACAACCUGUGCUCCAGAUCAGGCAACGAGAACGAGCUCAGGGACAUGAUCACCAGAUGCAACAACGUUGGGGUGAACAUCUACGUGGACGCCAUCAUCAACCACAUGUGUGGCGCGGGGGGAGGGGAGGGACAGCACUCCAGCUGUGGCACCUGGUUCAGCGCCAACAGGAAGGAGUUCCCCUCCGUGCCCUACAGCCCCUGGGACUUCAACGACGGCAAAUGCAAGACUGGCAGCGGCAACAUCGAGAACUACGGGGAUGCCAAUCAGGUGAGAGAUUGCCGUCUGGUGGGUCUGCUGGACCUGGCUCUGGAGAAGGACGCUGUUCGCGGGAAGGUGGCCAACUACAUGAACAAGCUGAUCGACAUGGGCGUGGCCGGUUUCAGGGUGGACGCCUGCAAGCACAUGUGGCCUGGAGACCUGAACGCCGUCUACGGCCGUCUGCACAACCUCAACACCAAGUGGUUCUCCGGAGGCUCCAGACCCUUCAUCUUCCAAGAGGUUAUUGACCUUGGUGGAGAACCCAUCAAAGCCCAUGAAUACUUUGGGCUGGGCAGAGUCACUGAAUUCAAGUAUGGCGCCAGGCUGGGAGGAAUCAUGCGCAAGUGGAAUGGAGAUAAGCUGUCCUACAUGAAGAACUGGGGUGAGGGUUGGGGCAUGAUGCCAUCAGACAAGGCUGUGGUGUUUGUUGAUAACCAUGACAACCAGAGGGGACACGGUGCCGGGGGAGCCUCCAUUGUGACCUUCUGGGACUCCAGGCUUUACAAGAUGGCCACAGGCUUCAUGCUGGCCCAUCCCUAUGGGUUCACCAGAGUGAUGUCUAGCUUCCGCUGGAACCGUCACAUUGUGAAUGGAAAGGACCAGAACGACUGGAUGGGGCCUCCCAGUCAUGGCAAUGGAGCCACCAAGCCCGUCCCCAUCAACGCCGACUCUACCUGUGGAGACGGCUGGGUGUGUGAGCACAGAUGGCGUCAAAUCAAAAACAUGGUGGCUUUCCGUAACGUGGUGAAUGGUCAGCACUUCUCCAACUGGUGGGACAACGGGAACAACCAGGUCGCUUUCGGACGUGGAAACCGCGGAUUCAUUGUUUUCAACAAUGAUGACUGGAACCUGGACAUGACUCUGAACACUGGUCUCCCUGGAGGCACCUACUGUGAUGUCAUCUCUGGUCAGAAGGAUGGCGGCAGGUGCACUGGGAAACAGGUGCAUGUUGGGGGAGAUGGCCGCGCCCACUUCAAAAUCAGCAACAUGGACGAGGACCCCUUCAUCGCCAUCCACGCCGAGUCAAAGCUGUAG